AUGGCGCAUGCUGACUGCUGGUGCGCCUACGACGAUUGGGGACAUCAGUACGUGGGCCCUAUGUUGUUGCCUGGCUGCACAACGCAAAUGCCUGGAGUGCUCUGGGCGUGGCAGCAUGACUUGUUGUGGUGCUUCGAUGUGGAAAAGGAGCAGUUAAGGCACGCGCUACAAACUGCCCACAACCAAAUCCAAAAAUUAAAAGCUGAGUUGCGAAAGACGGUGCGGCAGCAGAACGACAGCCAGAUGGCCAUGUCUCUCGAGGAUGAGAAGGAAGACCUGCAGUCCGCUAUCGAGAUCUUGCAAAAGGAAAAUGGCAAGCUGAACCAGAUGCUGAAGGGGUUUGAAGCUCAGCUCUCAGAGCUGCAGGACAAGUCAAAUCAACUCCAGAGGCAGCUGGAGGCGGCCGAAGCGCAGGUCGGGGACGAUCGCGAGCUGAUUUCGAAGCUGUAUGCGCAGUUGUCAGCGCCGAGGCCUUGUGAGAAGGAGGUGGCGGAUGCUGCAUCCCAGACUUGCUCCCGGCUGACGUCAAGCCCUCCGCCGUCGAUCAGCCCAGAUGGGCAUGAAAAGUUGAUGGAGGCUGAGGCAAGGUUUGCUCACAUGGAGACGCCCUUCAAGACCCAGAUCAAGGACUUGCAGGACAAACUCCGGCAGGUUGAAAUCAAGUACGUUCGUCCUAGCCCUAGCCAGGCGAAAGGCCUGAGGAAGCAACCGUGA